UCCCAUCUGCACCCAAAAAUAUGCACUUUUCUGCAGACUUCUACCACCCACUGCACCGACUGGUGCCUGGGGCUGCAGGGAUGCUGGGGGCAUCCUCAGGACUCACCAUCCCUGUGGACAUCCCCCCUUUCCACUUCCAGCCCCGCCGGAUCAGCGUGGACUGGCGUCGCUUCAGUGCCAUCGAUGUGGAGCGGGUGGCCCGGGAGGUGGACGUGGCCAUGCUGCAGGAGCACAUCACCAGCAUUACCUUCUGUAACCUGGAUGGCGAGCGGUGCCCCCACUGUGGGCAGCCAGCAGACCCUGUCCUGCUGAAGGUGCUCAGGAUGGCCCAGCUGAGCAUUGAGUACCUGCUGCACUGCCAGGAGCACCUGGGGACCAGCCUGGCUGUGCGCGCCCAGCGCCUGGAAGCUGCCCGUGCCGAACUGGCUUCCACCCAGCAGCAGGCAGCUGAGCAGGCAGCGCAGCUCCAAGUGUCAAAAGAGGAGAGCAGAAGGUGGAAGAAGUUGCUUGCCAUGCACCAGCCCCUUUUGCAAGCUGGCCCCAACACCUAUUGCAAGUGCCACCUCUGUGAUAAAGCCUUCAUGAACAACUCCUUUCUGCAAGCCCAUGUGCAGCGCCGGCACGCAGAAGCGACCGAGGCGGCUUGGCAGACAAAAAGGCUGCUUUUGCUGUUUGCUGGCCACAUGGCCACAUUUGUCAUGAUCACUUCUGCAGCUCAGCUACCUGCUCUCCACCCUGAAACCCUACAGUGCUUCAGUGGGAUUCUCCACCUUACCCAAACCAAAACCCCAAUAGGAGCUGACAGAUCGCAACCUUGCUCACAGCACCUCUGUUUCCCUAGCUUUGCAGAGAGGAGAAAGAUGAAGCAAGUGGAGCAAAUGGAAGACGAGGUGGAGGAGCUGAAGGCAAAAUUGAGGGAGGUGCAGCAGCAGCUGGAAGCAGAGAAGGAAAUGGAGAAGCUGCACAGGGAGAAGGAAACAGAGAGAGCUCACCAGCGAGAAGAGGAAGGCAGGAGAGAUUUGGAAAGAUGGAAAGAGGAGGAGAGGACAAAGUUGCAUAAAGAGAUAGAUGGCCUGAAGCAGCUCUUCCUUGCAGCGUUCAAGGACAUGGCCAGCAGGAGCAGUGCCAUGGAAGGGAAACUGCAGGAGCUUCAUGCCAGAGAGGUGUUGGAGUCCAACCUGGGGACCCUGCGGGAUGAUGACACAGAGGAGGCAUGGUGGCAGGCAUCAGGCUGGGCAGAGCGGGAGAGGAUGGCAGUGCAGAAAGAGAGCAAGACACUCCGUGGCACCCCAUCACAAGACCAGUGGGCAGUUAUGGGCUGCGUCCAUCAGCAAAUGGAUGCCUUCAGCACCCACCUCAGGGAGCAGCCCAAGCUCACCAAGUCCCAGGAGAAGAAGAUCAAGCUGCUAUCUACAGGAAAAACUGAAGCGACCCAGGAUGUGACCAAAGUGGAAGCUGAUGAAGAGUCAGCAGGCAGGGAGGAGGCCACCCGAGGUGGGAAGCAGAGGCUGCUGGAAGCCCUGCGGAGAAACACAAACCUCCUGAAGCGGUUUCGCCACAUCCUGGAAGAAGUGCUGGAGGAAAAGCUGGAGAGCAUGGGUGUCAAGAGGGUUGCAAAGGGAAUCUCCACUCGGACCUACAAGAGACUCCAGGCCGUGGUCAGGCUUCAGCAGCAACAGAAGGCUGUGAAAUUUCCUGGUCUCCUCCACCUGAGGGAUGAGUUGGUCCAAGCACUGAUGGGGAAAGUCAGGCGACGCAAGAAGCACAACAGUGCUUUGCCCCAGCAGCUCUCUGUCAUCCCAGCUCGAAGCCAGAAGACCCCCAGGUUCCUUUGUGGGUCAAAGCCCACGGUUAUAUCAGCAACAGUAGUGCCUGAAGCCACAGUGAUCACCCAGCCCGUGCCUUGGAGCAGAGCCAGCUCCACACACAGCCCCUCAAGGACUCCUUCGGGCACCCUGGGGACCACCAAAGCCAGCAGACCCCACCGAGUUGUCCCAUGGAGGAGCUUGCAGACCAUGCAGAGAAGAAACACAGUAAGAGGGUGUGAGAUGGCAGCAGAGAGGAAGAGGAGCUCAUCUGUGACCAAGAGCAGCUCAGAAGUGAUGCUGGGAGGGAAGCAGCCCACCCUGUCCCCUGUGAGGCUCAGGCCUAAGCAAAAGCCAGUGCUCUCUGCAGUGGUGCCGGGUGAUGAGACUGACUCCCAUGGGUCAGACCUGGACUCCCGGGAGGAAACAGCUAGUUCAGGGACGGCCACGUCCAGGAUGGUGAGGCUUUUGGAGAGACGCCUGGAUGCAGUGUCACAGCGACCAUCCAGCAGGGUGAAACUCUUCCCAGCUGGGAGCUCAGCAUCCCCCAGCAUUGGCCAGCCCACCAAGAAACUCCAGUUUGCAGGUGACAGCAGUGACCUGGAGACUUCCUUCCUGGAGGGCCUGGCCAAGCCAUCACUGAUGUUUUGGGAACCACCUAGGUCCCCAGGGCCCCGCAGAGCCGGGCUGCAAGGGGAUAACACGUGGUGAGAGGGAAGAGACAAUGCUUUGCCAGCGGCCACUGGAUGGUGCCACAAGACCAGAAACGGGCAGGAGCUGCCCUGCAGCCUUCCCAGGGCUGCUCCUCUUUUUGGGAAUACCCCAAUAUUGGGGCUUUCCCAGACAACACAGGGAGUUGCGUCCUCCCUGCACAGCCACUGUGGGUCGCAGCAAGGAGGAUAAAUGCUGCGUGGUCUGAAAAGCAGUGAUUUCUGCUCUCCCUUCAUCAUGCAUGUUAAGCAGUAACACAAUGUCUGACAGCUCCAUGAGUUUUUUGGAGCCCCAAAAGCCAUGAGCUUUGCAUCCCAAAGGCUGGAGGCAACUCUCUGCUCCAGACACAGCCUGUCACUUGUGUGUGGGUUUUUUUUAUUCUUUAAAGCAGUCCAGAAAACAGUCAGGAAGGGGAGAAAGCAGCUUUCCUUCUUGCUGCAUCUCUUUUUGCUGGUGCUCUUUGAGGGUGAUGGAAAAGGUCUUGUUUUCUGCUCUGUGAGGAACCUGGCCUGAAUGCACUUGUACAGACAGAGUAACAAGCCACAAGUUGCUGAUUCCUUCCUCCUUUCCUUCUUGAAUAGAUGGAAACUCCAACCCAAAGGGUAGUUUUCGCACUCUAAACAUGACCACAUAAGCUAAACUCUGCUGAUACUGCUCAUCUAUGUAGAUUAAGUUCAUUUUCCUAAUCCUCUCUGUAUUUUGUACAUUUGGAGCAGUGCAUUUAUGAUCCUGAUCCCUUAAAAGUAUGACAUUUUGGAAAACGCAGCAGGAAAAACUGGCACUUCUCAAUUUAUCUUCUCUUUUCUAACCCAUUCCACUGCUGGUUCAGACUUCUAUUCUCUAACAUUUGCAGGUGGGUUUUAAUGUUAGGGAGCAGAAAGCCCAACAAAGGCUGAGCAGAACAGGGUGAGUUAAUAUAAAUUCAGCAAACUGUUCACAAACAUGCAGACCCUGUUUACUGUGCAUAUUUUCAAAUCCCCAUGUCCCCUGGUAUGUACCCUCACCUGAGUGCUUAUACCCACCUGUACGGCAUGGCUCUGUAGCUCUAUACCUUGAAAAUGAUAAUUUUCUGUUUUAAUAAUUCAUGUUUUAAGAACUAUACCUGGCUUGUAUUUUUUGUCACUUACACUGUUAUUGCCAGAUGUUUUACUUCCUGCUUAAUUUAACAGCUGCUCUUCUUGGUGAGUGUUGGUCAUAACGAACACUGCUUUUAAUGAAUUAAAUAAAGGAGGGAUGUUUUCCUAAA